AUGGAUCUAUCCUCAGUCCACGACGUUAAAGACGUCCUCCGGCCAGACUUCUACCACGGCUACGCCACAGCCGCAACCCAAAUAGAAGGCGCCUGGAACAAAGAUGGCAAAGGUAUCUCAAUCUGGGACAAAUUCGGCCAUACACCGGGCAAAGUAGCGGAUGGCAGCAAUGCCGACGACGCAACACGCGCAUACGACUUCUACCGCGAAGACGUCGCGCUGAUGAAAACCUACGGCGUAAACGCAUACAGAUUCUCACUUUCCUGGACAAGAAUUAUUCCUCUUGGAGGCCGUGAUGACCCCCUCAACGAGCAGGGAAUCCAAUAUUACUCGAAUCUGAUCGAUGAGUUACUCCGGAACGGCAUCACGCCUUUCGUUACGCUGUUCCAUUGGGAUAUCCCACAGGCAUUGGAGGAUCGGUAUGGCGGGAUGUUGGAUCAGGAUGCGUAUACAGCUGACUUCGUGCGCUAUGCACGUGUAUGCUUUGAAAGGUUCGGCGAUCGCGUUAAGCAUUGGAUUACAUACAAUGAACCAGGCGUGUAUACACUUGCCGGGUACGCGGCUGGGGUGCAUGCGCCUGGACGAUCAUCUUUCAGAGAGCGCAAUGCGGAGGGGGAUUCGUCCACAGAGCCGUUCAUUGUCGCGCAUACGGAGCUGGUUUCUCACGGCCAUGUAUCGAGGUUGUAUCGGGAGGAGUUCAAGCCGGAGCAGGACGGUAUGAUUGGUAUCACGCUCCAUGGGAAUUGGUCCGAGGCUUGGGAUGAGGAGGAUGAGCGGGAUCAAGAGGCUGCGCAAAGAGCUCGUGAAUUUGAGAUCGCUUGGUUUGCUGAUCCCAUUUAUAAGACUGGUGAUUAUCCUGCUUCUAUGCGUGCGCAGCUUGGAGAUCGGCUUCCGCGGUUCACGGAGGAGGAGUCCAAGCUUGUGCUUGGGAGCUCUGAGUUUUAUGGUAUGAAUAGUUAUACGACUUUCUUCAUGAAGCAUACGACUACGCCGCCGGAUAUUAAUGAUCAUAAGGGGAAUGUGGAAAUUUAUGAUGAGAAUAAGCAGGGUGUUCCGCGCGGGGAGGAGAGUGAUACCGAGUGGCUAAAAGCUUCGCCUGAGGGAUUCCGGAAGCUUUUGAAUUGGAUCUGGGCAAGGUACCAGACUCCUAUUUAUGUGACUGAGAACGGUACUACUGCCAAGGGAGAAGUUGCGCCCACGCCGGACGUUUUAAAUGAUGAGUUCCGUAUCAAGUUCUUUGAGGGAUACGUGGGUCAUGCGCUGGCUCGAGCUGUGAAGGAAGAUGGGAUUGACAUCCGGUCUUAUUUUGCGUGGACAUUCACUGAUAAUUGGGAAUGGGCUGCUGGAUAUUCCGACCGGUUUGGCUGUACUUUUAUUGAUUUCGAGUCGGAGGAAAAGACUCGCUAUCCUAAGCAUGGCUUAGUGAUCAGACAUUCAAAAGAAUCUGCAAUAGUCUGUAUUUGCACCUUCUUUCACUCACACUAUUCCCAGCAUGACCAUGAAUACCAAAGAGCCGAUAAGACUGACGUUGAGGGGAAGCCCUCAAGAGGUAUUCCUCCCGCCACACAGCUAAUAGCCACAUCUAAUCAGCGCCAGAUCGGUAUCGAGCAUGGCCGCUCAUUGCGUAAACAAAUCCGCAGCCAGAUCAGUAUUUACGAGGCCAUGUUUGCACACACCUCGAAGCUGUCUUGGCCAGAUGUGCGCGAAAUAGCCAAGGACUUCCAACCCGCCCUGGUCACACUGGUCCCUGACAUCUAUGCCGAGAUGAAAGGUAUUGCCAAAGGAGCGGAACUUGACGUGCUUGAUAUCGUAGCAAUCAAUUGUCGCAGUGAGAUUGCCCUUGGAAAGUUCUCCGAUGGCUGCACUAGCUUGUGCUGGAAGAAAAACGAUACAGCACGGAUCCUUUCUCAGAACUGGGAUUGGACCGCUCCUGUUGGCCAGAAUCUGGCCAUGGUCUCCAUUGAACAGACUGGAAAGCCGACGCUGUAUAUGGUGACAGAGGCAGGAAUAGUGGGUAAAAUAGGCUUCAAUUCCGCAGGCGUGGGUACUUGUCUGAAUGCUAUCCGGGCAAAACCAAUGAUCAGCAGCAAGCUUCCAAUCCACGUUGCUCUUCGAUUAUGCCUCGAAAGUGUAUCGGUUGAGAGCGCUGUGAAGACUCUUGAGAGGUUGGGAGGUGUUGCCUCGGCGCAGCAUAUUCUUAUAUCGGAUUAUAAUACUGCCCUGGCGCUUGAAUUAUCACCUUUGGGUAACAAGUACAUCCUAGAGGAUGAAUCAGGUCUGAUUCUGCACACCAAUCAUUUUAUUGAAAAUCAAUAUGUCGAGGAGCCGCCUUGGCUUUCAGGAUCUACAAUCCGCUUGGACCGUGCGAGGGACUUGGCACUAGAGCUCAUCGCAGAUGGGAUAUCAGAUGAUGCUAUUACACCUGCAUUACUGAGGGAGAAGAUAUUCUCUGAUACCUUCAAUGCUCCUCAGGCCAUCUGUUGUCAAGGCGAUGAAUCCGCUCACAUUUCGAUUCGGAGCAACACUCUAUUUAAUAUAGUCAUGAAUUUGGAACCAGGAAAAUUUGGUGCGGAGGUUGUUUUUGGUCGUCCUGGCUCUGAAGCAGGGCCUGUAUUUAAAAUGCCUUGGGUGUGA